GAACAAGGGGAGGACUUUUAUGAAUGGUCAGUGUGGAGUCCUUGUUCGAGAAGCUGCGGCAUUGGAGUAAAAUUUAGAGGACAGUUGUGUCUUCGGUGAGUUUUUUUUUAAUGUAGAACUAUAAUGGUUUGAUAUUUUUUCAAAAGUGAUGAUACCUGAAAGUACACAUCCACGAAGUGUUUCGGAGAAGGGGGAGUUGGUUUAGUAAUCACCAGCCAAGGUUUUUUUUCUGGAUAUUUCGCUUGUCGUCCAUAUCAUAUCAUAGCAACAAUCCGUAACCAGUUUACAAAAGUAAAGAAGGAGUACCUUUUAUAUAAAUUGAGAAAAAGAGGCCCUCGAAAAGGGUGGCAUCCAGUGUUUCCUAUGUCUUUUGCAUGGGGGUGAUAAAAUGAAUGUGUGUAAGUUAUGUUUGACAGUAGUGUAUUGUAUCAUCUAUAUAAUUUAUCUAUAUCUAGGAAAAACAAGGCAUUGUGUGUGAAGAAACCGAUAAUAUAUGAAACGUGCAACCCACAGGUAAGGAUAGCUAAGCCAUUGCACAAUCAAAACGAGUUGGAACGUCCAAAGAAAAGUUCGUCAUAGUUUAGUCCGAUUUUCCGGAGCUAGUAUUAGCGGGAAUCAUCUUCGUCCUUGCACGAAUUAGUUACAAAAUAUUGGAUCGAAUCCGAGGAAAUGUAUCCUCCAUCAGACAGUCAAGUAUUCCUUUGUUAUUUUGUUUCGUUUCCUGUUGUUUUCUUAAACAAAAUGAACGAAGAAAAAGAGCAACAGAGCCACCUUCUCUCUACCUUGAAUGGGGGUUUUACUGACACUCGAUAGUCGUCGCGUCACAGUUUUAAAGUGAGCAUGUGAAAUACAAGUGGGUUUGGCUCUUUCGAAAAAGAAGCCAUUAGUCUGUUUGUAGGACUAUCGACUGUCAAUUUAUGUUUUCCUAUUUUUUCCCGAAUUUUGUAAUUGUUAAUUGUUCACUUAAUAUACGUGUAAGUUCUUACGAGGAAAGUUGAAAUUUUCGGUAGUCCUUAAAUUUAUUACGUAGUUAGUCAUACUUUUAUAUAGAUCGUUUCCUGUUUAUGUAAAUACGAGAAGGCCGCACGUUAUCUUGUAGAAAUUGCUAGUAUACGCUGGCCGAUCAAGAAUUUCAGUCACUUGGCCUAUAUUUCCCCCGAUUCACCUACUGUCUCAAACGUUAUAGUCACAUUCCCUCAAAUUAGCUUCCUUCGACUUCUACACAUCCUCCACUUCUAAAAGCAUUGCCGGUACUCUCAGGCAGGUGUGGCACUCAUCUCUGAAUGUACAAUUUUUUGCAAGGUGUUCGUUCUUGAAAAGGUCUUCCAAAUAAUAAAUCAUUUGAUUUUUGGAAUGAACUAUACUUACCCUAGCCGUGUUGGGUGAGUAUGGUGAGUGUUCCAUCAAAUGCAUACCAUUGUGAUCAAGGUAGGACUAUGUGAAGUUAGCUUUGUGAGGGGCACCAUUUUCAGUAUGUAACUGGAUUCCGGACCGACUAAAUGUCCGUGCAGUUGACUGGAUACGGAAGAUAACCGUUGUAAAAACUGAAGUUAUGUAACUUGUGGAAGUGAAUGUAGCCCGUCGCGCGUUGCAUCGACAACAAAAGGCCCCUGAAGAUUGACGACAAUUGUGAACAUCCUCAUUCUUGCACGGAAUCUGUUUUCAGGACGUCUAGCGUAGUUCAUGAUCUUCGGUCAACCACACCGUGUUGGAACGUUUUCAUGUUGAAGAAAAGAAAUCCAACACUUGUCACCAGUAACAACAUAAAAACUCUUGUGGCCAUUUGGUUCAAGAUCUUGCAACCAUUUGAAGAAGACAUUCACCCUUUGUUCCCUUUCCUCUUUUCUCAACUGGUACGGAACCGGUCUUACACUCUUCAUGAACCGACCCGGCUGAUCAUGGACUUUGGAAUCUGUACUUCCUCAGCUUCCACCAAGAUCCAAGGCUGAGAAUCUAAGCCACUUAGUACAGAACUGUCAUUCAAAGAAGUCUGUGGUCUCCUAGUACGUGUAUCAUGUUCUACUUCUUCUCCAACAUCAGCAAAAUGCUGAAUCUAUCUGGCAACUUUGCAAAAAGACUUUACCAGGUCGUCUUAAACCUUGGCAAGCUCUUCUGGUGGACAGGCCUUGCCCGGAGACCUGUAUGCUCCUUUCUAAAGGUUUCAUGUCACAACCAAAUCAGCGACUGAAUGAAAGGUUAUGGCAAAUCCCACUGACGGGCUUUAUUUGAGAGCUAAAUUGGCAAAACAAUCAAAAAUAGAACUAUUGUUUUUUUGCAGACCGAGGACAGUCCCUGUCACGUGAAGGUCUAUUGGAGUGUUUUUUUAGGACAAACGCAGUUCCUUUUAUUUUUUAGUCAUUUUAAGACUCUUAAGUAUAGAACCGGUCCCGGGGAUCGAACCCACGACCUCGGCUCUACAAACUAGCGCUCUUCCGACUGAACUAUUCCUGCCGCGCAGAUUGUUAGCAAAGCUGAAAAUGGCAAAUACGUAGUAGAAAAUCCUUUCAGGGAUAAUUUAACUAAAAAACAUGAAAAGUGCGCCUCGCGCCCUCCAGGUAGCUCCGCUCAAUGCUCGUUAAAUCUCCGUUGCUCCUGUACAGAUGUACAAAUGAGAAUCGGAGACUGGCAUCACUACGGUUCUUUGGUCCCUCCACAUUUCCCUAUUAUUCCCAUAAGCAUUACUUGAACGUUCCCUUUUGCAAUUACACUAUACGAUCUCGACAGGGUGGGAAGAUGAGCAGAUAAAGUGAUUAAGGGAAUGAGAGCUAACUGCCAACCAGAAUUUUUGCGUGCGUGUUUCACUUUGAUUUGUUUGCUCUCUUUUUAGGCAUGUCCUCCCGGAGGCACAAGUUUUCGUGAUUUGCAGUGUGGAAUUUAUAACGAUAGAAAUAUAUUCAUCAAUGGUCACAAAGCAAAAUGGCUGUCAUAUGUUCGAGGUAUAUGAACAUUCUCGUAAUUUAUAGUGGAAAUUUGAAUUGGUUUCAGCAAAGAGUAUAAUUAAAUAAAUAGAUUUUCACAUUAUGUCAGGCUGGUUAUGUCAUAUUGGUAUUUGAAGUUGAACUCUUUUCUUAUGUACACACUUUCGUUUCACUAAAUUUGCAUUGUAUCUUGUCACGUGAGUGAGAGCGCUCUAUACAAGCUAUUAUAGUAAUGUCCAGUAGGUAACGAGGUUUUUUAAUGAACAGAGAAGACUUAAUAGCAUAACUUCUUAAGCCAAAAAAAUCCCAAAUUAAAUAUCUUACUCGCUAUUGACUUAGGUAAUCGCCGGUAACAAUUCGCAUUUUUAAAAAGCAGCUGCUUGUAUACCAUGUGCACCAUUGAAAUUCUUCAAAAUGGAAUAAUAUCGUUUUAGCUACCAGUUCGGUGUAUUUUAUUUUCAGGUGACAAUCAGUGCUUGCUGUUCUGCUACCCUCAAGGAGGACAAUUGUUUUAUUAUUUUGGAAAAGCAAAGGAUGGGACUCAGUGCUCCAAAGAACCUCGCGGCGUAUGUAUACGUGGGCGAUGUAAGGUAAAAUGAAUUUUUCGUCUAAAAAUAAAAAGAGGACUAAUAUCACAGUGAUUCGAAGUACUGUAUAUGAUACGCUAUAAUGUUGAGGAUUUUUGCAUUCAGCCCAAAACAACAAAGCCAAACAAAAGAAUAAUUAUACUCCACGAUAAAAGGGAAGCAAUAAUCGAUUUUUCCUAAAUAGAUAAAAGGGAAAAGGGAGCGAGUUUUUCAAGUUUUAGUCAGCUUCCGUACGAACCUUUUCCUAACCGAAUUCAUGUUUUAAUCGAGUUAUAGCUUUUCUUGAUGACACUGCGCCUAUAUAGUUUAAGUAAUCUGCUUUGUUGCAUAUUUUCAUGGUUAAGGCAGUGGGAUGUGACAAUGUUCUUGAGUCAGGUGUCUACCUUGACAAGUGUCGCGUAUGUGGUGGGAAUUCCACAACGUGCGAGCCAGUCAGAGGAAGAAUAGAAAGAUCGCCGAAUCAUUUUGAAAAGAUGUCAGGUGAGAGGGUCACUGCUUUGUGGGUCGAACAUUAAGAGCUAAGCAUACAGAUAUAUAUUUCCUGUUUUAUUGUAGGGUUUUGUAUUCCUCCCGCUUUUUCUUGGUAUGAGUGGGAAUUAAGGCUUUCCUUAGCUAAGAGUUCUUUUUAUUGUGUAAGAUUCACAAUUUAAUAUCUGUUGAACAGGAAAUUACUUUUUACAAUGUGUAACUAUUAACAAAAUUUUCUUAUUAGGGUAUGCAGAGGUAAUGGUCAUUCCAAAAGGGUCAACGAGUGUGUUUCUUUCAGAUGAAACCUGGAAUUAUUUAGGUACUUAUAUGAUUUUUUACCCACAUAUUUUCCUGGCUGGAAAAACCGAAACCGACAAAACACAUAUUCAAGUAAAAUGCAAGUAAAAUUAAAGCUUGGGUGCUUUCCCUAAGACCAAGAAUUAAUAAUUAGGUUUCCACUGGUGGAUAACACUUCCGAUCUGACACAGUUCUUGGUUAGGGUAGGGUGGUACCGUCUAAUGCAAAUUGCUUCUUUUACCUCUUCCAAACGGAGCACUGUCCUGACAUAGAGUACUUUGUAUAUUUGUACUAAUCUCUAUGUACAAAUACUUAAUUCAUCUAUUGAGAUCGGGGUUCCCGAAUUAAAUUUCGGAUGAGCUUAUUCUUUACUCAUCCAUCUAUAACAUUCUGAAUUUCUUCAUUUCAGCUGUGAAGAGAAACAACGGUGAUUAUGUCUUCAAUGGCGAUCGGAUAGCAAGCUGGUCUGGUUUGUACAAAAUUGGUGACGUGGAUGUUCAGUACACGAAAUUUUCAAACAAUAUCAAAGAAAACAUCCAGAUACCAGGACCCACCGAAGAAGAUAUUUAUGUAAUGGUUAGUCGCUUAUAUUUUAAUUACUAAAAAGUUAGUAAUUAUUCUUGUAAACAACCUUGGCAAAAGAGAUCGUCAACAUUAGGUCUCUACUUCGUUUAACACCAGUGCAACCGUCGGCCUUGAAUGUGCCCCAGUGAUUUUAUUUUAUUUAUUUUUUCGAAUUUGUGAAGCACGUAAGGUUCCUUAGUGGACGUUCGAGUGGUUAUUAGGUAGAUUUAGCAAAGAUCAAACAAUGUCUAAUGAGAAUGUAAAAGUUCACACAAAAGACUGAACGCAACAUCCAUUUUUUAAUUUGCCACAUUGCUAUUGGCCAAUUCGAUUUUAGAUCUACGCGCGCCGUCACAACGUCGUGAGGGAAUUCUAACUUUACCCGAAAACACGCUUUGACUAACCUACGUCUACUGAGGGUAAACAAAGUCGAAAUAUAAAUAUUUGUUUUUAUAUAUUAGGCUUCCUAACGAAUACUUUAAAAGGUUUGACAGAAUUUUUAUUUGUACUGAUUUUUACUAUUAUGCUUCGUUUUAGUGUCUGCUUAUUACGGGAAAACUUAACAUAAGCUUUGAAUACUGGAUACCGAUAAAAGAUACAAAAGUUUUACAAGGCAAGUGGAAGGAUCUAAAGAAACGCAAAUUUCUCCACUGAGGAAGUGCUUUGAAUAAUGUUAACGGGGCUGUGAAAAUUUAUAUGAGUACCUCAAUUCGCAAUGCCUAUACAAUGGUCUUUCCCUUUCUGUACAAUAAAAUUAUAUUAGUAGGUUGGAAUGAUUGCAACUUAGAAAUCUUAUGGAGUAUUGGAGACCCUGUCUUUUUGGGAGCACAAAACUCAUUUAAUCCUUCUCGAGUGCUUGAGAGUGAACAUUGGUGACAUCAAAUUUUUAAAAAUGGUAAAAGUAUGAAGGGGACAAGUUAGUUUUGGCCGAUUUUUGUUUUCCUUUUUUGUUCCAGAAGCAGCUGAAGUCAAGACAUAUCUUCAGGGCAACCGCUUAGACUUACUGAUAGAGUGGGGCAGGUGGACAGCUUGUUCUGCCACAUGCGGAGGUGGAAUCAAAGUGCGGGCUCGAAAGCGCGGCAACGGAGACGUUUCGUCCUUCGUAGGUGGAGAGACAGACGUUCAGCGAUGCGGUGAUGUGCCAUGUGAUGAGGUGAUGUCUGAAUGGUCGGAGUGGGGUCCGUGGGAUGAUUGUAGUGCAUCGUGCGCAGGUGGAGCAAGGAUGAGGUUUCGUUAUUGCAAAACGCCUAACCAGUCUACUGACAGAUCUAGCUGUCUCGGUGAUAGAUACGCGGUAGAGCUCUGCAACGCACAGGAGUGCCCUACAGAAGGU